CUAAAAUUAUCUCUGCUGAUAACGAUAAUCUGUUAAUGUCUACGAUCAUUAUUGUAAUGUUUUUCGCAUAUUUUGGUGAUUCGUCACAUUUGAUUUAAUUGUACAAGGUAUAAAAAAAUUAAGGUAGCGCAAUGGUUAACCGAAAUGUAGUUGGUUAGUAACACAGAUAUAUGUUUGUUAAAUAUAUCUGUGGUUAGUGAUAAUACUUCUUAUCGCACUUCAAAAGACGUUAUCUUAAAGAAUUCAGCAAAUCUCACAUAUAGAUUUCAAUGUUGUCUUAUGAAUGAAUAUAAGUUAUUUAAAAGCAUUUUGAUGGUAAACCUAAUUGCGAUAAGAUAUGUUUACAUUGUAAAACUUUGAAAAUGUGAAUUCAUGUUGAAAUUUGGAAAAAUUAUUUCAUAAACUUAAUCAGAAUUAGUUGUUUUUUGUGGUGAAUAAAUAUCAUGUUGUUUCAUGAACAUGUUGCUGUUUUAGAAUGAAUGAUCAAAUUAAAAAAAUGGAAUUGGAAGAAUCUCUGGUCAUGAAUUUUGUUCAGGAUUUCUUUGUUACCUAUGAUAAAAAACGACAUAUAAUGCAUUCAUCGUUUCCUGAAGAUGGUACAUUUGUGGUUCUUGGGAAUCGUAUAUGUGGCCAUUCAGCUAUUCAACAAGCUAUGUUAACAAUGGCAACAACUACACACCAGCUACUUUCAAUUGACAUACAACAUGUAGCAUUACCUUUAGGUGAAAAUGAUUCUAUGUAUCAAGUACUAUGUGCUGGUGAAGUAGAAUUCGGAGAAGAUACACAAAUACAUGGGUUCACUGCUUCUCUUUUAGUUUACUUAAAAAAACCUAAUGUUUUAAAUGUUGUAUCAUUUAAUGAGCGUUGUCAAUGGCCUAAACUUUCAUAAUUUUGAACAUUUCUUUGUUAUUUUAACACCUUUUGUAUUUUAUGUUUUGAUUCUUUAACUUAACAAAUAAAAUUUACAUUCAUCAUUAA